AUGAUAUUCUGCACUAUGGCUUCACCCGAUCAUGCUACCUCUGGGGCUGCCCAUCCGAAACACGAUUCGGAUUACGCAAUGGAGAAGGAGAUCGGUGUCGACCUCUCUGACCCGGCUGCACUUCUUUCAGAGUCGCACAAAUCGUACUUGAUUGAACGACAUGGUACCCUGGACCUUGAUCCGAUUCCUAGUAUGGAUUCGGCGGAUCCAUACAACUGGCCCUCAUGGAAGAAAUCAACCAACUUGGGCCUCGUCGCGUUUCAUGCUUGCAUGGGUACCUUUACCGCGGCAGCCAUUAUCUGUGCCUAUGAAGAUAUUGCGAAAGAUCUAGGAGUUUCUAUCCAACGAGUCAGCUACUUGACCUCUCUGCAGAUCGCAAUUCUGGGAGGUGCCCCAUUAUUCUGGAAACCGCUCUCACACCGUUUUGGAAGACGCCCAAUUUUCCUCCUGUCGUUGAUACUAAGCUGUGUUUGCAACAUUGGCUGUGCAAAGAGCACAGACUACGCUUCCAUGGCGGCAUGCCGAGCUCUGGUUUCAUUCUUUAUCUCGCCUGCUAUGGCAAUUGGUAGCGUUGUUGUCACAGAGACAUUCUUCAAACAUGAGAGAGCGCGUUACAUGGGUGUUUGGACUCUCAUGGUGACCUUGGGUGUGCCAGUUGGUCCUUUCAUUUUUGGAUUUGUGACUCAGCGUGUCGGAUACCGCUGGAUCUACUGGAUCUUGGCCAUUACCAAUGCUGUCGAGUUCAUCCUCUACGUUUUUUUCGGACCCGAGACCCGUUACAUCGGUGCCGACGUGCAGUCCCGGUCCUCUGCGUUCAAGACAGAGUACCUGUCCCUCCGACGGAUCGACCCAACCCCGUUCAAGAUGACCGAGUUCUGGCACCCCCUGACCCUGAUUACAAACAUCCCCGUUAUGCUUGUCGCCAUUGCCUACUCCAUGGUCUUCCUCUUCGCCUCAGUCCUGAACUCGGUCGAGGUUCCCCAGCUGCUGCAAAGCAAGUUCGAACUCAAUGCCCAGCAACUCGGGUUGCUGUUCCUCGGCUUGAUUAUCGGUUCCCUAUUGGGCGAACAGUUAGGCGGGUUCAUGUCAGAUAUGUGGAUGAAUACUCGUGCGCGGAAGAUUGGCCGCAAGCCUGCACCAGAGUUCCGACUCUGGCUGAGCUAUAUUGGUUUCCUGCUCAGCAUCGCUGGCAUGGUUAUUUUUUUGGUAUGCACUGAGAAAGCUACCGCUGGGAAAUUGGAUAUCAGGCCAGUGGUUGGGACUGGCGUUGCUGCUUUCGGCAAUCAGGUUGUCACCACUGUGCUCACUACCUAUGCAGUGGAUAUGUAUCCCCAGGAUGCAGGCAGUGUUGGGGUAUUCAUCAACUUUAUACGCUCGACAUGGGGAUUCAUUGGACCUUUUUGGUUCACGUCUAUGUUCGAGAGCGUCGGGAUUGCUAAUAGCUCUGGCGUUGUCACUGCUUUGAUUAUAGGUGCUAGCUUCAUUCCGACAAUGCUGUUGCAUUGGAAGGGCAAUAGAUGGUACAGCAAUAACACCAAUUCGUAGAGCCUAAGGUGAAUUGAAAAGUGAAGAACAAUGGAUAUGCAGAUCUCAGCACACUGGGUCAAGCCACUAGAGGUUGACGAGUCUUUGACUCCCUCUUUUUAUAUGCAGAUACCUAGGCUCAUCUAAAA